CCUUUAGCAUCCACCAAAGAGACAAAAUGAGUGAUCCAGCUGCAGUAAGUGUAGUUCCUUUCUCAUCAUUAUCGUUUUGUAUGCAGACUGUAGUAAUGUGGUGGUUUCUUUUUCUCAGGAUAAGAAGCCUGAAGAAGCAGGACCUGAUCAUUCAGAGUCUGAAGGAUCCGAUUCUGAAGGAGGAGGAAAGGGCAGAGGAAAGAACAAGGGAAAGGGGAAAGGAAAAGACAAGGGAAACCAUGGAAAAGGAAGAGGCCAAGGACAAGGCAAGGGGGGCCCUGAAAGAGGAGGAGGCAGAGGAGGAAAGGACUGAAAUAAAGCAUGCAGACCGUCUCUAAAAUAAAAAUAUCACUGAAACAAUGCUUUGUAAAAUUUUCCAAUGCAUGAAUGAAAUAAAUCUCUAAUAAAACCUUUUAAAAACAG